AAAAACACAGCAUCAUCCCCCCACAAACGUCCUCAGUUCCAGUUCCUCGGCAAAAACAAUAAACACGGAAACUUGAAACUUGUCCUUCCUUAGCCAGCAAGAAAAAGCAGAAAACUCCCCCCCUCCAUCAAUGGUUCCUCCACCGUCGUCAAACCACCAAGCAAUCCAACAAUUCCUCUCGUCCGUCCUCUCUCAAAGCGGCACUUCCGCCCUUCCUUACUCCGAAGACACCAAAUGGCUUAUCCGCCAACACCUCCUUUCACUCACCACUACUUCCCCUUCUCUCGAACCCAAAACCGCUACCUUCACUCACAACGAUGGUCGCACCGUCAAUCUUCUCCAGGCUGACGGCACCGUUCCGAUCACUUUCAUAUCUGUCACUUAUAACAUCCCGGUUAUCAUCUGGCUUUUCGAAUCUUACCCUCGCCACCCUCCUUGUGUUUACGUGAACCCCACACGCGAUAUGAUCAUCAAAAGAUCUCAUCCUUUUGUCAAUCCCUCGGGGCUCGUUUCGAUCCCUUAUUUGCAGAAUUGGAUCUACCCUAGUUCUAAUUUGGUUGAUUUGGCUCGCGAGCUGAGCUCGGUUUUUGGGAGGGAUCCUCCUCUGUUUUCCCAACGCCCCAAACCUAACCCUAAUCCCAAUUAUCAUCCAAAUCAAUCGAGUCUUGGGUCAGUGGGUAACACGGGAGGUGGUGGUGGGUAUCCGAGACCGAUUGUCAGACCACCACAGUAUCCGCCGUAUGGUAGUGGUGGUGCGGCGGGGAAGGUAGAGGCGGAGGAUGCAGCGGAGGUUUAUAAAAGAAAUGUGAUUGAUAAGCUUGUGGAGAAUGUUCACGGGGAUAUGUUGCAGUUGAGUAAAACGAGGCAGGCGGAGAUGGAAAGCUGGUUUAGCGCACAAUCUGUGUUGAGGGGGAGAGAGGAGGAGUUUAAUAAAGGGUUGAAAGAAAUGAGAGAUAAGAUGGAAGGGUUGGAGUUGCAUUUGCAAGUUGUUUUGAUGAAUACGGAUGUCUUGGAAGCAUGGGUUAAGGAAAAUAAGGGGAAGUUGAAAGGGGCCUCGGAGGAUAUUGACGUGGAUAAUGCUUUUGAGUGUGUGGAUGUUUUGUCGAAGCAGAUGUUGGAGUGCACAGCGGUGGACAUGGCAAUUGAGGAUGCGGUUUAUUCUUUGGAGAAAGCAGUGCAAGAAGGGGCAAUGCCAUUUGAUCAAUAUUUGAGGAAUGUGAGGUUGUUGUCUAGAGAGCAGUUUUUUAACAGAGCAACUGCAGCGAAAGUUAGGUCUGCACAAAUGCAGGCUCAGGUUGCUGGUAUGGCUGCCAGGGCACCACGUUAUGCUACCUGAGUGAUUGUUUUGAUGGUGAAUUUGAUACGGGGUUGUAGCAUUUAUGGAGAUGCUGUAAGGAUAUCAGUAUAGUUUGAGGUUAGGUUCUUGUGAAGAACUAUACCAUUUUAGUUUUUGCUCUUUUUUGUGUUGAUAGGAAAAUAAUAAUAUAUAUAUUUUUUUUUAAUUAGUGUAUGCUUUUCUUUACUAAUUGAUUUGGUAUAUAAUUAAAACUCACCUUUCGAGUUA